AGUCUCUGGGGAAGCUGUGCCUGCCUGGCUUUGACACUGGCCAAUCAUCUCUGCCAUCCCUAAAGUGCACCCCUCCUAAUCCAGCCCCAGAAUGGCACUGCCUCCCAGUCCCCUGGCCAUGGAAUAUGUCAAUGACUUUGACUUGAUGAAGUUCGAGGUAAAGCGGGAACCCUUGGAGGGGCGAUCUGGCCCCCCGACAGCCUCACUGGGCUCCACACCCUACAGCUCAGUGCCUCCAUCACCCACCUUCAGUGAGCCAGGCACGGUGGGGGCCACCGAGGGCACCCGGCCAGGCCUGGAGGAGCUGUACUGGCUGGCCACCCUGCAACAGCAAUUGGGGGCUGGGGAGGUGCUGGGGCUGAGUCCUGAGGAGGCCGUGGAGCUGCUGCAGGGUCAAGGCCCAGUCCCUGUUGAAGGGUCCCACCCCUACUACCCAGGGAGCCCAGAGGAGACCGGAGCCCAGCAUGCCCAGCUGGCCGAGCGGUUUUCGGACGCGGAGUUGGUGUCGAUGUCUGUGCGGGAGCUAAACCGGCAGCUGCGGGGCUGUGGGCGCGACGAGGCGCUGCGGCUGAAGCAGAGGCGCCGCACGCUGAAGAACCGCGGGUACGCGCAGGCCUGUCGCUCCAAGCGGCUACAACAGCGGCGCGGGCUGGAGGCCGAGCGCGCCCGCCUGGCCGCCCAGCUGGACGCGCUGCGGGCCGAGGUGACCCGCCUGGCCAGGGAGCGCGACCUCUACAAGGCUCGCUGUGACCGGCUGGCCCCGAGCGGCCCAGCCGGAGGCCACGCCCACUUCUUCCUCUGA